GAGAGGAACAUUACAAUUGCAUCUCUGCCCUGCAUAAGUCUAUGAGAGGCUCAGAUGAAAAUGCUUCCCUUUACUGGCUUGCUCGAAUGCUUGAAGGUGGUGAGGAUCCGCUCUAUGUGGCAAGGAGGCUGGUGAGGUUUGCAAGUGAAGAUAUAGGGCUGGCAGAUCCUCUGGCUUUAACACAAGCAGUUGCUGCUUAUCAAGGUUGUCAUUUUAUUGGAAUGCCAGAAUGUGAGGUCAUUCUAGCACAAUGUGUCGUGUACUUUGCCAGAGCACCAAAGUCUAUAGAGGUGUACAGGGCAUAUAGCAAUGUCAAAGAAUGUCUGAGGAUGCACACAGGACCUCUGCCGCCUGUUCCGCUGCACCUGAGAAACGCCCCAACACGGCUCAUGAAGAACCUGGGCUACGGUAAAGGCUAUAAGUAUAACCCCAUGUACAAGGAGCCUGUAGAGCAGGACUAUCUACCAGAGGAGCUGAAAGGAACAGACUUUUUCGAGGAACGAAAGACGUGA